AUGGCUACGAGACAGCUUUUAAUCGCGGCUGCUUUACGUGAAGAACGAUUGGAGCGUAGAAGGAACCGGCGCCGCCUGCGUAAUCAAUUAAAUAUUUCAAAUAUUCCCGAUCUAGAGUUUGUCGGAAAUUACAGACUCAGUCGGGAAUUAUUCGAGGAGUUGUGCCAGGACAUAGUGCCUUUAUUGCCUCCAAAGGGAAGACGACAUGGAAUCGAGCCCACACUUAAAAUACUUACUGCUUUGAACUUUUAUGCCCGAGGAAGUUACCAGGGGUCAGUGGGACAAAAUAUGGAUGGGCCCAUGGCACAACAGACAGUGUCCCGUUGUUUACAAGAGGUAACAACUGCACUUAAUGCACCUCACAUACUAAGGAAGCACAUAAGAUUCCCACAAAAUAGGAAUGAAAGGAAUCUUAUUAAGCAGAAAUUUUAUGAUAAAUAUGGGCUACCCGCUGUGGUGGGGUGCAUCGAUUGUUCACAUGUAGCCAUAGUGAGGCCUUCGGAGCACGAGGAACGAUAUUUUAAUCGAAAACAUUUUCAUUCGAUUAAUACUCAAGUUAUAUGUGACAGUGAUUUAUUAAUUACAAAUGUUGAUGCUUCAUAUGGUGGAGCAACUCACGACGCUUAUAUUUGGAGGGAAUGUGAUCCUCUCUUCUCCGACGACUUUGCAGCGGGCGGACGUGUGUCGUGUUUUUAA